CCGGCGCGGGACAUCGGGACCUCGGCAGGAGCCGACCCAGCGCCCGUCUUCUAGCAACACUCCAGCGGCUCUCUGCUUCCGGACUUGAAGAUGCCGGCUGCUGAGCAGGGAUCCGGAGGUUCCCAGGGUCGUCUGGGCCAGGCCAGUCCCAGGGCAGCGGGAAGAGGACAGGAUCUGGGGCCUUGUGUCCACCAAUGAGUGCCUUGGAGGAGGGCCCUGGUCCACCCCAGCAUGAAGACAGGUCACCCCUGAGCUGGAUGCGACAUGCAGGGAGGCGCUGGAGAAGCUGGUGGAGGGCCUGGGGCCUGCCUGCCAGAGCAGAGGCUCCUCUGCCCCACCUCUGUCUACCUGCUGAAAUGUCGCCGGCACUCGGAAGGUCCUGGGCCUGCUGGGGAGAAGGGGGGCGCUUUUCCCCUCUGCGGCACAGCCGUGUGUCUUUGGAAUUCCCGUCACCUCUCUGUUCCUGGGUUUGCUCCUGUGGAAACGGGGGUGCUACAAGGUCCAAACUCAGAGGCAUCCUGCCAGGACUGAGUGGCGUGAGGCACCAGGAGCACCGAGCCUGUGUCCAGCUCUGGAGAGGACGUAGCCGUUCUUAGAUGCCCUGUGCUUCAAGCCUCACUUGCCCUGUGACCUCGGGUGAGGCUCUUCCACUUGUAAAGGAGCUUUCACACUCUGUCUGGGGACAGUGUUCCUGUCCCGGCUGCGGCCAGAGUGGGGAUCCCUGGGGAUGAGGGGCUCCAGGUCGACGCAGGCAUCUGAGAAGCUGCAUGGCAGCAACAGUAUAGAGCACCUGCCGUGCACAGGCGCUUGCCAGGCACUUCGCUGAGCUCAGUGGACAGAGGAGACAAAACCCUUGCCCCCUCCAAGGGGGGCUUCCAUUCAGGUCUGGAGUCCGCCAGUCCCCCUGGACGCCAUGGCAGGUAGUGGACACAUAGGAGGCUCUCCUGACCUCCCCUGGGGUGGGGGUCCCCUCUGCCCUUGCUGUCAGGAGGACAGGCCCUGGGGACAACUGAAGAAGUGAGCAGGCAAUGAGAGAGGGCCCCCUCUGCACGGUGGUGACAUUUGGGGGCCGAGGGAGGUGCUGGACAGAACCCUGGCUCCCUAACGUCCUGCGGUUCCUGCUAGAGCACUGAGGCGGGGGAGGGGGAGCUUCUGCAGGAGGAAAGGAGUUGGGGGGCUGUGGUCCCAGGCCCCAGGGAGCAGAGGGGAGGCUGGGGGCUCAGAGCUGCCUGAGAAUCCAUCCCCUUUGCAGCCCCGCCCUGCCUGCCCCCUCCCCAAUCUGAGGGCCCACCCAGGACGAAGGGCUGCACCUCUGCCUCGGAGCCCAGCUGCCUGUGGAGAGCUACUGUGUGCCAUGAGCAGAGCAGGCGCAGCCUUCCCUGCCCACCUGGCACCGAGGGUCUGGGGUGGAAGGGGUGGACAGAGGGGUGGCCAGGCCUCCCUGGAGGAGGUCAGGUGGUCAGAGCCUCCUGCCGUGGACCUUCUCUGUGGCCUCUGCCUGGCAGCCGAGUGGGGUGGGGGGAUGGCCUCUGGGUGGCAGGGGGAAGCAGGAGCCCAGCCCCCACAGGGGCCAGUUGAAGGAAAAGCCAGACUCCAACUCUGCUGCCCACCCUCCACCCCCAGCACCGUCUCCCCCUUCCUGGGCCCCAGGCUGGACCAGUUGCCCAUGGGCUUGUCACCCUUCAAGCAGCUGAUGGCUUAUGAGCAGCGCAGGCGCUGCGAGGCCCAGACCUGGAGCCCCAGGCCCACCUCCUCCUCCUUGCAUGGGAGGACCAGGAGCCCAGGGAGGCAGAGCCAAGCCUGGGGCGAGGAAGCACUUGGGACCGGGUGGAGAAGGAGGGUCCCUACUAGGCCACUCGGGGAGGAGCCCACAGGGGCUGCCGUAGGGGAAGGAGCAAAGACCGGAACACCCAUCGCCCGGCAGACUGCCUCUCCUGGGCCCUUGGGCGCAAGAGCUGACUCGGCUGCUGACUGCAGACCCCGGUCAACUCCAGAGAGUCCCAGCCGGCCCAGAGCUAGAGCCAAGGGCCCAGCCCAUUCCUGGGCAGCUUCUGAGCUGGGGCUGCUUCCACAGCUACCCCCGGAGGGUUGGGCCCCUGCAUCCUCUGCUGAAUCCUCUGCUGCAUUUCUGCGCCCCGCCCCCCACAAGGAGCUGGGGCCACACCCAGCGCCUCCCCAGCACCAGAGCUAUAUUUAAUGUUAACAUUUUGUGCAUUAAAAUUCAGAUUCAAUAAAAUAUAACCUUGUAAUGACUAAAUUGUGCGGUUCAGAGGCAUUAAGAGCCCCAUAUGCUGUGCACCCGGCACCCUGUCCACUUGCAGCCUCUCUUCCUCUCCCCAAAAGGAAGGAAGGCUGGUCCCCAAGGCAGCCACUCCCUCCUCCUCCCAGCCCCGAGCCCUCGGCAGCGGCUCCUGUAUCUUUUUCCGUGGCUUUACCUCGACUGGAUUAUUUCUAUAAAUGAAACGAUGUAACAUGUGGCUUUUUGCAUCUGUUUCACAUAUUUUAAGUGGGGACUGAUUAAUUGUGCCUUUUGCCUGUAUUUAAAAUAGCACUUUAUGAUUUAAAAAGGAAAUCCCAGUGAAGGCGGAAGCCUCUACAGCAGAUGUGUUCAGAAUCCCGGGGUGGAAACUGCUGUUGUAGGUGUCGUAGGAGGCCAGGAGCCAUAAGGCAAAGGGUGGCUGUGGUGUCCAACAAGGAAAACGCCACCAAUGGAAAGACCACGCGCGGGGGGCGGGGGGGGGGGAAGGGAGGGGGCGACCGGACAGAUAGCCUUGCUUGGGACGGUGCCACCUGCUGCCGGGGCACAGGCUCUGAAGUCAGACAGACGCAGUGACCAGGGAAGCCUCAGUUUGCGCCUCCGUGAAGUGGGGCAGCAGCGGCCUCCUCUGGUGACGUGAAGACGGGUUCAGUGAGACUGCGCCGGGGGUGCCUGCACCUGCCAGGACCUCAGCCGCUCCCCGCUCCAUGAUGAGGACCCUACACAGGGCCGCCAGGAGAGGGCGCCCUCCCUCGGGAGGCACAUUCUAGGCCAAGGGCGCCCUGUGAACCAGUGUAGCUGUCCCUCGGGUGCGACCAGAGGUGCCCGAGGACGAGACCCCGGAAGAAAGCAGUGUGUGGGGCGCUGCGCAGGACCUGUGCCUACUCCACUGCCCCCUGCCCUGUUGGCUGGUGCUUAAUAAAAGUCUCAGAGUCUA